CGAACAAUGAAGAAAAAAUCACAACAAUUCUGCUCUAUGAUACAGCAGUCGUACAACGAAUACAGAGACACAGACACAGGCACAGACUAUUACACACGGCUACACGCAAGACAUCAAGUGGCAUCUUCGCUGACUUCCCCUUCUUCUUUCGCAUUCCUCAUCGCGAAUUCGUGGAUGGGCAUCAUGGGCUCCUCGACGACGGCAUCAACCUGGCUCGCAGCGGGCACCGACGCAGUCGUCUCCUCGCUCGCGCUGGCGGUCGAGUCCCGGCGCCGCACGCUCGAGCGCGUCGAUCUCCGCUCGGGGCGCGUGAUCUCCUCGGCUUCCUCGGUCGGCUCCCGCGUCAUAGCAGACUCGGCUAACAGCCCCGUCGACUCAUCAUCGCCCGACUCAUCAGCCCCAAGCGACGCAGCGGCACCGCGCGUCGGCCGCGUCCGCUUCGCAGGGUACGUCGCAUCGUCCUCAGCGUCCUUGCGCUUGCGCUUCCCGUUGACCCCAUUCACGACGCCCGCCCCCGCCGCAGCCGCCGCCCCGCGCCGCUUCCUCGGGCUGGGCUUCUCCUUGAUCUCGAGCGCGGCGGCAGCGGCGAUGGCACCGACGUUCGGCAGCGAGGGCGCCGGCGAGGCGCUCCCGUCCUCGCCCUCCCGAUCGACGGCCGUGUCGCGCAUUUUCGCCACCGGGCGGCGCGAGCGGGCCGACGAGCGCCGGCUGGCGUCGACGAUGAGCUCGUCGAUGGGCGUGAUCACCGGCUCCGGGUCGGGGUGGCCGAAAUGGGAGGGUGGCAAUAAGGGGAGCGACAUCGCCAGAGGGCCCAUGGGGUGGUACAGAGGCAGGGGAGGGUCCAUAGGGUACCGCUUGCGAGGUACGCCGCUCGCUCGUACAAUUAUGUUGGGGCUAGAAACUGAGGAUUUCGAGCACGAGGCGACGGGGAUGGGGGCGAGAUUGUGCGAGAGCUUGGACAGUGGCUUCGUCACCCCAUUGGCUUUGUCGGCUGACGGGGACUGAUAUGUGACGAGUGGCUUGCGCCUGCGUGGCGUGAGGGGUGGUGUUUUCAUGCUGAGUACGUCCAUGUCUGUGGAGGACAUGUUUCAGAGCCUUUGCGCGAGGUGGUUGGAGUAGACGCACGCACCAGGUGUAUACCUCCUUCGGUGUUUGCUCUGUGCGGUGCCGAGAAUGGAGAUGGGCGGUCGAGGAAAGGCGAGAAGAGCGUGUCGGAAAUGACAACGUUGACGUUGGACGUUGACUCUCGGUGCACGCGGGUCAGUGCAGAUACUGGGCAGUUUAGAGCGUCUGAGAAGCUUUUUGUGUGUGAUAAUUCCAAAUUCGGCAGAAGCCUGGGUUAGGGUUCUUUCCGUGCUUUCGGCAACCACGAACAAAGCCACCUCUUAGCCGGCUCUGCGUCUAUUACGGCGCUCGCCCAUGCCAAAACGUGUGUACAUCGAUGGCACGCGCCCACAACUUUAUUCGACUGCGAAUGCAUAGCACGGGGAGAGGGCGGACUGGGCGCUCCGCUGGGCGUCUACCGAGGCCCAUAUGAGCUCCGUUCCGGAUUUUUUUUCAUCGUUCUAAUCCAUCAGGAUCAUGUUCGCCCGUCGGCUUAUCAUCAUCCUCUGCGCUUUUACCAUCUUCCGUACCCCGGUGCCUGUCUCGGCCAGUCAAUAUCGUUGGUCCAAAACCCUUGCCCUGACGCCCGUCGUCGGGGAUUCCGAUGUCCAAAAUCCACUCCUCGACGUCAGUGACGCUUUGUAGAGCCCCUCUGAGGACAUCGGGCAAGAUCUCCCCGACGUCGCUCCCCCCCCCCCCCGACUUGGAACGCGCCCUUUUCGCCUUGGUCUCUGAGGGCCAGGUGAUCGACUCGAUGAUCUCGGCAGUUUACGCACGCGAGGAAGACAGGGAACAGGCGCUGCUGGUGCCCAAGGCGAAAGCGGAGGCGUCGUUCGUGACUUUGGGGAAGUAGCAUGGAAUGAAAGAAGAGAGCUCAAUGGCAUUGGGAUCGAUUCUGGACUCUCGUGAAGAUGCUGUUCAGGAUAUCAAGCUGCUGGGCAAAAGACUUCCCUGAGCAGAGUGUCCGAGUGGUCCUCAAAUUCCUGGGAUUCGGGGUGAAAGGGCCUAUGAAAGGUACACCCACCGUGUCUCCAACGACGCUUGCCGCUUAUUCGAUGACAGGGUCGUUUGCAUCUUGGGCGUAAGCGCUGUUCUUUGGCGGCUACGUACCUGGAAAGAGUUGGUUCUCCCUGCUGCAGAAAAUGGCGAUGACAGGCAUGGUACCCUGGUGGCUCAAAGUCUUGUUGCGUAUCGUUUUCUGAGACCAUUCAGUCUUGUAUCAGUAGAAUACCUAGCUAAAUUUCUCGGGAUGUAAUUCUGAGACGGCUCGGGGUUUUGGACCCUCGUCUGGCUGACUGGUAGAUUCUGAA